CUUCUAAUCAAAGUCCUCCGUUUUCUCUUUUAUCCUGUUAGUUUUUUUUUUUUCUAACCGAAGUAGUAGAACCUCUGUAUCCGGAUGAAACCGACUGACUUUGUUCUGUUCACAUUCUGUGUCAUUUUUACUCCGGAUUUAUCUAUUAUUAACUCAGUGAUGCUAAAGUUAGCUUAGCUCACUAGCUGCUAACCGACCUGUAAGUGUGUGAUGGAGACGAACUGUUUCUGACGGAGUUUAUGUGAAGACAAGGUGAAAAUGGCCCAAAAAGUGCAGAUUUUGAGGUCACUGGUGGAGCAGAGACUAACUGCAGCUGCUGAAGAGAUAUUUGGGCUGUUUGAAAGAACCAUAGCAGAGUACGAGGAGGAACUUUGUCGAACUAAAGAAGAAAACCAGAGACAAAGACAAAUACUGGACUGUGUUUGGAAUCCGAGAGUCCUGAUACACAAAACAGCCGUCCAGCAGCACUUGGUGGUUAAAGAAGAGGUUCAUCCUGAGCAGCAGGCGCGGAAUACCAUUGUGGACCAGGAGGAACCAGAACCAGAGCCCCCACACAUCAAACAGGAACAGGAGGAACUGUGGACCAGCCAGGAAGUGAAUAUCACCAAGUUCCCAUCCACUCCUGUCCCUGUGAAGAGUGAAUAUGAUGAUGAGUUUAAUCAAACACAAACUGUGGAGAACAAAAUGGAAGCAAAUAAAGUGGACUGUGGAGGAUCAGAACCAUCCAGCAGCUUCCAUCCACAUAGACAUUUACAAAGAAUAACCGAUGAGCAGAAUGAAGACUAUGAGGAAACCGAGGACGGUGAUGAAGACCAGAUCCUGAACCACAAACCUGAGUCAAAGAUUCCAACAAACAGCUCAACUCAACAGAUGGAAACAGAAACUGAUGGAGACGACGGUGGAGGAUCAGAGCCAGACAUUAUCUUUGUCCACAUGGAGAGUGUAAAAGGAAGAACCUUUGAGAGUAAGAGUUUACUGGAGGAACACAUGGACACUCACACAGGACAGAAACUGGUUGGUUCUUCUGAAUGUGAAGAAACAUUUUCUCAGAAGAAAAACAUGACACAGGAAACAACGUCUCCCAGAGACAUUAUGAUGAAUAAUGACUGGACUCGAAGUGAUGUGGGAUGUGAAAAGAAACUAUACAGCUGCUUUAUGUGUUCAAAGACAUUCUCCUGGAAGUCACAGUUAGAAAUCCACAUGAGAAUUCACUCUGACGUCCAGCAGCUGUUGGUGGUUACAGAAGAAGUUCCUCCUGAGCAGCAGGAGUGGAAUCCCAUUGUGGACCAGGAGGAACCAGAACCAGAGCCUCCACACAUUAAAGAGGAACAGGAGGAACUGUGGACCAGCCAGGAAGUGAAUAUCACCAAGUUCCCAUCCACUCUUUUCCCUGUGAAGAGUGAAGAUGAUGAUGAUGAGAAAGUUAAGUCCUCACAGCUUCAGCAAACACAAACUGAGGAGAACAAAGAGGAAGCAAAUAAAGUGGACUGUGGAGAAUCAGAACCAGCCUGCAGCUUCCAUCCACAUAGACAUUUACAAACAAAAACUGAUGAGCAGAAUGAAGACUCUGAAGAAACCGAGGACAGCGAUGAAGACCAGACCCUAAACCACAAACCUGAGUCAAAGCUUCCAACAAACAGCUCAACUGAACAGAUGGAAACAGAAACUGAUGGAGACGACGGUGGAGGAUCAGAGCCAGACAUUAUCCUGGUCCACAUGGAGAGUGUAAAGAGAAGAACCUUUGACAGUAAGAGUUUACUGGAGGAACACAUGGACACUCACACAGGACAGAAACUGGUUGGUUCUUCUGAAUGUGAAGCAACAUUUUCUCUGAAGAAAAACAUGACACAGGAAACCAACUCACCCAGAGACAUGAUGAACAAUACUGACAUGAUUCUAAGUGAUGUGGGAUGUGAAAAGAAACUAUACUACUGCUCUGUGUGCUCAAAAACAUUUUCUCGAAAACAAAAUGUAGAACUCCACAUAAUGAGGCUUCACACAGGUGAGAAACCAUUCAGCUGUUCAGAAUGUGGUAAAAGAUUUACUCAGAAGACAGAUUUGAGGCGACACAUGAGGCUUCACACUGGAGAGAGACCUUUCAGCUGUAUAGUUUGUCAGAAAUGCUUCAAACGUAAAGAUCAUCUUCAAAUACAUAUGGAAAUCCACACAAAAGAAUAGACACUUUCACAGAAAUCAAACCAACAGAGACUAAAGAGCAUGAUGAAUAAUGAUACAGGAACGCUUCAGAGUGAAGUCUGUAUAAAUAAUUUCAACAGAUUUUUUUUCUUAUUUUCUUUGUUAAUUUUUCUUAAUUAUUUUCUUUAUGUGGCCAUUUAAAAAAAAAAAAAAAAAUGAAUUUAAGUAUAUUCUUUGCUUGUUAUCUUCUAUUUAUAAUUACAAGAAAAGAUGGAUUUUUUUUCUCUUUACUGACAUCAGCAGUUGAAGAGUCAGACUAACAGGAUCUAAAUUAUGACAUCAGCUUAGAACUGGAGGUAAAAGAGGUCAAAGCCAACAUAAUAAAAACACUUACUGAUAGUUUCCACCAUGUCCCUCAAAAAUUUAGCUUGAAAUCAUCUUGAAAUGUCUCAGACCACCUUUCCUUAUUUGACUCCGUCCAGCAUCAUGAAGUGCUUUAAAGCAGACUUUUUCAUUUUCAGUGAGCUUUUGAUAUUUUACCAUUUUCAAACAGAAAUUAUGUAUUAACCAUUAAAAAAACAUUAAAAUUAUUUUGGUAAUAAUCAAUGUUAAUUUUCGAGAGCAGUUGUGAGAUAAACCUCAUGUUGGGUGGUGGUCUAAUACAGGGGCUCCCAAAGCGGGGUACAUGUACUCCCAGGGGUACUUGGAAGAAGCCCAGGGGUAAUUGAAAUUUCUUUUGGAAAAAUGUAUUUAAUAAGUCCUCAUGUACUGAAUACAAAAUAAAUAAUC